CUCGUGGCUACGAAAAUUGCCGUGGUGUUGUGCCCCGUCGAGACGAAAUCUUUGAAUGUCAAUCCACGAAUCAUGGCGGGGAGGGGACACUCACGAUCUUGGCUUUCCGCAAGCGUGUGCCGUGCCGCACGGGUGGACCACCUAUGAGCGACAAUCCCAAUCAAAUCACAAUUUUGAAUGGUGAAUAUGAGUGAGGCCGUGCAUGGGUCUCGGCUCUUCGCCGCGUCACUCUUUCUUGCUGCUCUUCUCGCUCAAAUGCACGCUUCGCAUGAACCAAGCUAUCGUGUGGCGCCCAUGUUCGCAGUCUACCGGUACACUGCACCAAGCAUAUAUAUAUAGUCACAGUCUGCUGAGUACAGUACAGUACGCCCCUGCUGAAACGCAGAAACGCAUGCAGAGGCACUCACCCUCGCCCUUUGGCCCGCUGCUCCACUCAACGCACAGCACAUUCGGUGCUUGCCUUUCAAAAUCGGCCAUUUGUUCCGCCUCUGCCCAUUCGAUCGCAUUGUCGACAAUGUACUUCUGACGGUCGCUCUCACCAUCCCGACCAGAACUUGCUCUGUCACCAUUUCCUUCUUCUUCGAUCCAUCUCUGCCAGCUGUCCUGCCUGCCACAAG